AUGAUAAUUAGCUCUGUCGCUCCUUUUGUACGGAUCCUUUUUUCGUCUGUUAUCACUAAAUUCCUCUUCUCUCUCCGUCUUCCGUACACUCCAUCUUAUUUUCUCAACUCCCGUCCUAUGAACGCCGUGAUUCCGCACAACAUUGGAGCUGGACUUAUACAGCCCAGUCGGGGAUUUGUAGUCUACCCAGUUAAAUACAAAGCAAUUGUUUUCCGACCGUUUAAAGGUGAAGUCUUGGAUGCAGUGGUCACCCAAGUCAAUAAAGUGGGUCUGUUCACUGAAAUUGGUCCACUAUCUUGUUUCAUCUCUCGUCAUUCAAUCCCGGCAGACAUGGAAUUUGAUCCCAACUCAAACCCACAUUGUUACAAGACAAAAGAUGAAGACGUUGUCAUUCAACAAGAUGAUGAAAUACGCAUCAAAAUUGUUGGUACACGUGUUGAUGCAAAGGACAUUUUUGCUAUUGGUACUUUGAUGGACGAUUACCUAGGUUUAGUUAGUUGA